CUGGGCGCCGCGGCCGCCCCCGCCCCCGCCGCGACCCCCGCCACCCUUCAUGCGCUUCCCCUGCCCCGGGCGCGCCGGGCCUGGAACAGGACUGCCACUGUUGAGUCUGUGGGAAUAUGAAUCAGCAGCAGCAGAGAAUGGCUGCAGUUGGGACAGACAAAGAGCUCAGUGACCUGCUGGACUUCAGUAUGAUGUUUCCCUUGCCAGUGGCUAAUGGAAAAAACAGACCCACGACCCUUGCGAGCACUCAGUUUGGAGGAUCAGGCUUGGAUGAAAGGCCGGGAUCAGGUUCCUGGGGAACGGGAGAUCAAAACAGCUCCACGUUUGACCAAGGAAGGCAGAGCUAUGGCGAAGGCCCCCACUACGGCGAGCACCGGGACCUGCCAUCCCAUAACAGCAUCUCCUCGUCACCGUUCCUGGGAGCUGGACUCGUGGGGAAGAGCAGUGAAAGAGCCUCAUACUCCACGUUUGGAAGAGACACAGGGAUGCCAGGACUAAACCAGCCCGGUUUCCUGCCCAGCGAGAUGGGAAUCGCCAGCCCCAGCACGCUGUCCCCCACUGGGGGCAAAGGGGGGUCUCAGUAUUUUUCUUACCCCAACAAUCCUCGCAGGAGAGGUGCUGAGAGCAGCAUAGAUGGACAGCCCAAAAAGGUUCGGAAGGUGCCUCCUGGACUCCCCUCCUCGGUGUAUCCAUCCAACUCAGGUGAUGACUACAGCAGGGAUCCAGCUGGAUAUACUCCCUCGAAACCUCCCAGCACUGUGUAUCCUGGAGCCUUUUAUAUGACAGAUGGACUCCAUAACUCGCCUGACCUGUGGAGUUCCCCGGGUGCCAUGAGCCAGUCGAGUUACGGUGCCAUGCUGGGCAGCUCCUCGUCCCCGCUCCCGCAGUCCAGUGGCUUCAACAGUUUACAUCAGCAUGAACGCAUGAACUACCAGCUGCAUUCAGGAGAGGUGAACGGCGGACUCCCCUCCGUGUCCGGCUUCUCCUCAGCCUCCACAGCGUACGGAGUGUCCAGUCACACGCCCCCGAUCAGCGGCACCGACAACAUGAUGGGUAACAGAGGAACCACAGCCGGGAGCUCCGGAGACGCGCUUGGGAAGGCUCUGGCCUCGAUUUACUCCCCCGACCACUCUAGCAAUAACUUCUCCUCCAACCCCUCCACCCCGGUCGGGUCCCCACAGGGCCUCGCAGGCUCGUCGCAGUGGCCGCGGGCGAGUGGAGCGGGUGCCUUAUCUCCCAGCUACGAAGGGAGCCUCCACACUUUGCAAAACAAAAUGGAAGACAGGUUGGACGAAGCCAUCCACGUGCUGAGGAACCACGCCGUGGGCCAGACCUCUGCCAUGCCCAGCAACCACGGGGACAUGCACGGGCUGCUGGGCUCAGCACCACCCCACAGUGCCGCCGUGGGCAGCCUGGGCCAGGCCUUCCCCGCCUCGGUCAUGGCCCUGGGGAACAGGCACCCGAGUCUGGUGGGAGGAGGCCACCCCGAAGAUGGGUUGUCCAGCAACCCCAGCUUGCUCCACAACCAUGUGACACUUCCAUCACAGCCCAGCUCCCUCCCGGACCUCAGCAGGCAGCAGGACACCUACAGUGGCUUGUCCGGGGGGCUGGGGCGGAGCAGCGUCUCCUCAGGAACGAGCGAGAUAAAGAGGGAAGAGAAGGAGGAUGAAGAGAACACGUCGGUGGCAGAUAACUCCGAAGAGGAGAAGAAGGAGCUGAAACCCUCCCGGAACAGAACAAGGUGCUCUUUGAACAGUCAAGAUGAGGAUGAGGAGGACGAUCUUCUUCCCCCAGAGCAAAAAGCCGAGAGAGAGAGAGAAAGGAGGGUCGCCAAUAAUGCCCGUGAGCGCCUGCGGGUUCGUGACAUCAACGAGGCCUUUAAAGAGCUCGGACGCAUGUGCCAACUGCACCUAAACAGCGAAAAACCGCAGACCAAACUGCUAAUCCUACACCAGGCCGUAUCAGUCAUACUGAACCUGGAGCAACAAGUUAGAGAGCGCAAUCUGAACCCAAAAGCGGCCUGCUUGAAGCGUCGGGAAGAGGAGAAAGUGUCCGGAGUGGUAGGAGACCCCCAGAUGACACUUUCAGCUUCACAUCCUGGUCUAGGAGACGGUCACAACCCUGUUGGACACAUGUAAAGAUCUUUUUGUUCCUCUGGAUACAGAGAUCUGUAGGAAGAAAACCCUCGGUGUGACCUGCAACCUUGCUGAACCAUAAACUGUAGUACUGCUCAUACUGACACACGCAGACGGAUCCUGGCGUGACGUAAGGGGUGGAAAAAACACUUUGUCAGAAACAAAACGGAAACAAAAAAAUUGCCUUAAGUAUAAAGUGCAGAACAGUCAAUACAUAUCACUCAGUUAGGAGGGGGUGGCGUGUUCUCUUGGCUUGUUCACAAGCAGCCAGCAGCAAAAUUGUGCCUAAGCUUGAUAUUUCUUUUUUAAAAAAAAAGAACAUUAGUUAUGAGAUUUUUUAUGUAGAACAAAUAGCAAUGCCUUUUGGUUUUUUUUAGCUUCUUUUGCAUAUGUUUUGUAAGCAACGAAAAAUUUUUUUUUGUAUAAAAACAUGUCUUGUACCCUCCGCUUUUCUGCUGCUGUUUCUAUAGUUAACGUUGCAUCUUUAGGAUCAACCAGAAUAUUAAAAUUGUAUUAAGAGAGACUGGAUAUAAAGAGAGGAAUUCUCAGAUUCGGCUCGGAAAGCCACUAAAAGCGAAUGUAGCCACAGUGAGGGAAUGUUCUUCCUUGCCUGGCUUGUACCUUCCAUGACAAAAAACAAACAAACUCAUGUGCUGAAUUCACCAUCUCUUUGCUUCGGCCACUUCUGAUUUGGGAAAAGGAAGUCAAACAGCAAAGCAAGUGGCAGCAGUGCUCCCGCUCCUCUGGGCGGUGGCCGAGGUGCUCGGCGAGGUUUGCUUUAUUCCCGGAGAUCCCGAGGCCCCGCGGUUCCCUGUGGGAGAGGACAUGGCCACGGCUGUCCCAGAGCGUCGCCGUGGGGAGGAUGAGCUGCUGGGAGAGAGCAGGCCCCGAGUGGAGGAGAACCAAGGGACUGAGGCGCUUCCAGGUGAGCAGAGCAGCAAUGGAUGCACGAGGGAAGCCUCUUCCCACAUGCCAGAGCUGUCGGAGGCACUUCCAGGAGCAGCGCUGAACAAAGACCAACUGAACAAAGCUGGAGCACUGGCAAGAGGCGGAGGCAGCCGGAGCACGGCAGCAGCAGCAGGAUACAGGGUCAGGAAGGCGGGCAGCAGCAGGCCUGAGGAUGCUGGAGGCAGGAAAGGAGCAGCGACCUGGUUCACUCCAGCCCUCGGCAAAGCCAUGACCAGCAGCAGGAUCCCUCCUCCUUGCAGUGGAGCCACCACCCUCGGAAAUGCAAAAUGCUGGCUCGGGGAGAGGGGUGGCUUCUCACCCUGCUGUCACCUGCUGUCACAUCUCUCGAGCAUCCUUGGAGGCAAACUGAGCUCAGCACGGUGCCGUGGGAUGUGAGUGGCCACUGUCACCUGCACGUGGGCUUCUCUCUCGGCACUGAGAAGGAGGGCAGCAGGAGCGCCUGUCCCACACCAUGUGCUCCAGCAGCCAAGCUGGGCCAGCCAUCCCUUCACUCCGAGGGAUUCCCAGUCACUCCAGACCACUCUGGUGUGCUCAGCAGGAGGAGGAUCCCUGGCAGCCCCUCUGGGUGCCCCGGAGGUGUGGAGCAAACGAAGAGGUGCUGGGCAGUGCUGAGCUGCAGCAGCCUGUCUGGAGAUGGCCAUGGAAAAACAUCCAGCAGGAAUCUACUCUUGUUUCUUCCCUCUCCUUCCCCUUCUGAAACAUUUUGUGCCUGGUUCCUCCCAGCUCUGCAGAGCCCAGUCAGGCAGGAUGGUGCACGGGACACGGGUGCUGGUCUGGGGGGAUGUGGGGACCCCCCUCUCCCCUGCAGGGUCCGUCUCUCCCCUGUGCUGCUCCAGCCUGGGCUCCUGAGGAAGCUGUGUUGCUUUGGCACGGGGAAAGGGAGGGACUGGCAAACAGGAUUAGGUCCUGUGGCACUUCCCAGCAACCCCAGGCUUUGGCAUAACCUGGUGCUCCUCCAUGCUCAUGGCUGUGCUUUGUGCUCUGACAAACCCUGCUGGAAGUGCUCAGGGCAGUGCUUAUCUCCAACCCACACCUGGGCACUGUGGCCUCAGCGCCUAGAGCAGCUCCAAACGGAGCCACUCCAAGUGCCAGGGCAGGAUGGGACUGUCCCUGCUGCCCCUGGCCCUGCCCUGGGGCUCCCUAACAUCCAAGCACCGCUCUGAAGCUUUUGGGUGCUCCUGGCUUUCCCCAGAUUGCUGCUGCCAAUGAGUGAGACCUCAGCAGCCUCAGCUCUGUCCCUGGGAAGGCCAGCAAAGCUCAGUGGUUCCAGUAGCCCAGGUUCUUCUUGCCUGUGUCAACAGACACAUUUUUGCCUAAUCAGCUCAUCAGGUUACGACACUUCCCUCCCUUGGGUUCUUCUGGCUGCCGAAGCAGCGCGCAGGGAGAUGGAUGAGGUUUUCCUCUGUGUGUGACAGCCUUGACUCCCAUUCAUGCUCUGGAGUGCAAAUCGGAGGGCUCAGCAGCUGCUUUUUUGUUUCAUCCAUGAGAGCUCCUGCUGCACUGGUGAGACCGUGCUGGGGCUGCACAGUACCCACUGCUCAGGGGUUUUGGCUGGCUCAGUGCCCCUGUCCCAGGGCCAGGAGGGAGGGAGCGGUGUCCCAGGACCAGGGCGGGAUGGAACAAUUCCCCAGGACUGGGAGGGAUGGAGCAGUGUCUCAGCCCUGGAAAGCUUGAAACCCUACAAAAAAUAUUUAAAAGUGCUUCCCAAACCCUUUGAUUUUGCCCCAAGAAUUGGAGGUGGCAGUCAUGGACAACAGGACUUAAAGGGACUAGUCAAGAAAAAUCCAUAAAUGCAACAAAAUUGGAAAUCUGAGAAGAUUUAUGAGUUGUGCACAAUUUUGCUGAACUUCUUCAUCCCCUCCAAGUCCUGAAGGCCAGGAGGGAAUCCUGAUGAGCCAGAGCCUUUCUCACCAUCCCUGAAUCCCCAGGCAUUGCAACAAAAAUGGGGCUUUUCAGCUGCAUUUAGGUGGUUUAAGAUGUUAUUUUGACAGCAAACCCGGCCAACUUCCUUCCAUGGCAAGGCUUGGGUGAAGAUCCUUGAGCAUAAGCCCUCAGAGCCAGGGUUUGGAGAGAUCAUCUCAAAAGCACAAUGUAGGGGGUGGCAGUGCUGUCUCUGGAGCUGCCUCGAUGGCACAGGGUGAGAGCUUUGUGUGCCAGCCCAGUGUGGCCUCAGUGGCAUCUCUGCUUUCCAGGUGCUCAGGGAACAACUGGGAAGAGCAGCAAGGAAAAAUUCCUUUGUCUUGCCAGCGUGUUUGGCUCGGUGUGAACAUGGUGCCUGUAACCUGCCAGGGGAAGUGGCUUUUCUGAAAACGACCACUGCUGGGUGCUGUCCCCAAAAACCACCAGCCCAGCCCCAAAAUGUCACCCUGUAGCCAUGAAACUCUUGUCUUUAGGUGUUGUGGUCAGCGAGAGCCAGGUCUGUGCCCUGCCCAGCCCACAGCUCUGCUCCAUUCCACUUGGGAUCUUACAGAUCCCCAAACCUGCCUGUCUGCAUGUCCCCCACACCAGUGCCAGGAGAGGUGUCACAGGUGGGUGACAUGCUGUAGGGUGCCAUUUAUUCCAUUUUCUCUUUCCUCUCUCAGCCUUUGCUUGCAUGGCUGCUCCUGGGGACACGUGCCCUCCUCUUUGGGGGCCACUGAGCCCCCCCAAAGCUUCCUUCAUCAGACAGGGGGGCUGCCUGCCCUUCUGUGCAGCUUCUAGUUCCUCUUUUCCCAGGCUGCAUCCCAGUGAAGCAGCAGAACUGGGACACUGCCAUGGGGCAUUUCUUAUGUCUGGGGUCCCCAGCCCAAGGGCCUCCUCUUUCCCCCCUCAGCCAGCCCCCUGCCUCCCUGCACACAAGCUGUACAUGCCACAGUACUGGGGAGUGUCUGGAAUCCAGUCUAUGAACAGUCAAAUUGCAGAUUUUUGUUCUUUCUCCCUUUUCACCUGCUUUUGCCCCAGAGCAAAGCAGCUGCAGCCUCCCGUGGGCUGGUGCUCAGGCAGCAGUGGCAGCCUGGCUGCUCCUGCUCACAGCCCCAGGGAGCAGAAUUCCAGCUGUUUGCCCGUGACCCUCCAGCAGACCUACUCACAGCCUGCCUGGAGUUCAGCCCCAGCCAGCCUCUCUCGUGGCUCUCUGCUCCCCUGCUUUCACAGCUGUCCCACAGAGGUGUGUUGGCAGGAAGGAUGGAACCUAGCUGAGGUUUCCUCAGGAGGCUGCAAUUCCAGACUCGGUGCAGAAACUGCUCUCCAAGGUCCUUUGUGUCUCACCAGUGUCCCCACUGAAGCCAGCAGAGCCUUCGGGCCCUUGCUGGGUGAUUCCAGUUGUGGGGGCUUGAGAAACAGGAGGCUUUGGAAACCCCCAACCCCCUGAGCUUUGCUGCCAACUUUGGGGCCAGUGGAACCCAAGUUCCUCUUGCAGGCCCUGCUGUGCUAUCCUGGGGACCCCGGACCAGCUCCAGUUCCACCCGUGGGUUUUGGGAGGUGAAGCAAAACUGGGGAUGGAGCUGGGCCAGAACAAGCCUUCAGCCCCUAGCCUGCAGUGCUGGCUAACCCAGAGCAAGCCCUGGCCACUGGACUCCCCCAUUCCUGCCCGACACCAGCAAUAGCAAGGCCUGUUUUCUGUACCCUGAGCUUGCACAAGGUCUUUGCCCUGUUAAAUCCUAUGCAAAUCUUAUCCCUCUCCCCUCUCCCGGGGCUCUGCAGAUCCCAGCCCAGCCUGUUCACUCUGCUCUUGUCCCUGAUUGCCGAGUUCCUGCUCCCUGCUGCCCUCAGGGUCCAGCUUCACUCCCAGCAGCUCCAAAAGCAUUUCAAGACCUGUGCCCUGGAGCUGGGAGGGGGCAGAUGAGACUGUAGGAACAGCCAGCUCAUACUGAGCACUGAACUGGAGGGGGCAAGGCCUGGUCCUGGGGCUCCUUCACGCACCCUUCACCCUCCUGUGCCUUCUGCUCGAUGCUGGUGGGGCGCUGCCAGCAUCCUUCAUCCCCCCAGCCCCCUGAAGGGAGAAGCUCUGUCCCACCUUGCUGCCCAGACUGCUCUGUUCUAACGCCUGAGCCUCAGGCUUGGCUGGGCUGCUCUUCCUUCAGCUGCCCCAGGCCUGAAGGAGUGUUUGCCUUCCUCCCACGCUCCCCAAUCUCUCCAGCCAGCAUCUCUGAGCUGUUUCCCUUUGCAGAGGGGCAGCCCAAGCCAGCAGCUGCCCAUCGGCUGGGAUGCAGGCGGGAGGAUUUGGGAGUGGAUGCUGCUGGUGUCCCACAGCACAGCGGCCUCUUCCUGCCCUUGGGGCAGGUGUCGGGGGACCUGGUGCUCUGUACUUUGAUUUCCAGGACAAUUCAGCCCUUCUGGGGAGCCGGCACUGCUGUGCCUUGGCCUGCAGGACUCCCACGGGGAGCUGGGCUCUGGUUAGGAGGGUGGUGCAGGCUCCACGUGACCUUCUGCCAAACCUUGUGUGUCCAUCUGCAGCCCAGCUCAGGGCCAAAGGCAGUCCUGGUUUCUCUGUUCCCCUGGUUUUGUACCCCUCCUUCUCCUCCGGGCUCUCCCUUCCCACCUUGGCUCUGCGUGGCUGCAGCACCAGCUCAGGAGAGCAAAGGGGUUUCUGCUUCCAAAGGGGGUGUCCUGGUACCAAGGCCUUUUGCCAAAGAGCAUCCCCGUGCCCCGCAUCCCUGGGCUGUGCCCGGGGGAGCCGUGGAGCUCCUGGCAGCAGUGAGUGGGGACACCGCGGGUCCCCCUUCCCGGGCCCACGUCUUCCCAAAUCACUUGAACCCACCAGCUUUUGAGCAAACCUUGUAACACGGAGCCACUAGGGAGGGAAGGAGCCAUGGCAAGCCACGCACCAGCCGUGUGCCAGGAGAGGGGAAAGAGGCACCUGGUGAGGCAGGACAGGGAGGAUCCCAGCCCCACGCGUGGGAAUGACCCGUUGGGUGCCGAGGGCUCCGGCUCUCCAGGGAAACAAAGCAUUCCUGGGAUGUUCUUUCUCUAUAUUUUUGUAGGAAUGGGGGGUGGGAGAGCAGAUGGGAGAUGCCUCCAGAAGUUGUUUAUUUUUAACCCUGUAGAAAGUUUUCGGUUGUUUUUGGUUUUUGGCCUUUAAAAUAAAAAAUGGUCCUUGCUUUUGAUGUUUAUGCUGCCUACCUGUAAAUCCAGAUGUACUUAAGUGGCUGAAAUCCUUGUUCUUAAAUCAGAUACACAUUAUAGUUUUGAACUAUAUAUAUAGUAAAUAUAUAUAUAUAUAUGCCUAACCCAGCAAAAAAAAAAUAAAAAAAUAAAGUAUUUGGGGGUGGGAAAUACGUUGCUCUUUGAAAUGAAUCACAAUUGGGGGAUGAAAUUGUGUUUCUGAGUGCCUCAAGAUAUGAAUUGUUUUCAUUUUUUUAAAUAAUUUUAUACAAGUGUCAAAACAGCUGGCUGGAUUAUUUGGAAUUUUUAAAUAAUCCUAACUUUUUUAAAGUAGAUUUUGAGAACUGUCCUGUAUAUAACAGUAAUGUAGCAAUAAAUGUGACAUUUUAUAACAAUA